CCUCACCUCACACCAUGACAGCUUAUUUGCUGGCUAUGGAGCUUUGAGAUGCUUUGAGCUCCUCUACUGAGAGAUGCAAUGCUGUUCAACAUCCCGUGGAGACGUAGCCGGAUCUGCGGGGUCUCCCGUCGUGCCACAGGCUCCCGCCGGCUUCUGGGAUGUCAUUUGGGCCCGUUGUGGCCAACGGACAUCCAGGCCAAGACUCGCGCGUGCCACGGAGGCAGAGCCUCAGGAUGCGGAUGCUGUCGCAAGCAAUCGCGUGGUGAGUCGGCAUAUUGCCAACCUGCCGGGAAAAUCUCACCUCCUUGCAUACUCUAUCAUCCACAAUUAUGAGAGCGGGAACAGCAGCGGCUCGAGGCUCCCACGUGCGCACUAUGUGCCCUGCAACACGACAGCCGCUGUGCCCUUGGAGAAUGAGAACUUCAAGGGCCAGGUGUUGCUGCUCUACCGGCCCACCGAGGGGCUCGACCGCGGGCACCCGUACUUCGAGCACUUCCAGUCUCGAAAGCGCAACUGGGAGUUGCGGCUGCAAGGCAAGUUCAAAAAGGCGCCACGAGGGCGACUUUAUGUGGGGGCUGUCCUUCGUGAUUUCAAUUACGAUCAGCCGGUGGCCUCCUCAUCAAUCCUUGCAAUGAACACUGCGGUCGCCUUGGUGAAGUACCAAUACAGGAUUUACUUUUCCUGGGGAGCACGCUGCAAGGAAGCGUUGCGACCAAAUGCCGAGCUUGGCCACACAGUGUCGGACCUUACAGUCUGGGACCAGAUCAUCAUCACCCCGAAUGGCAGGCCUGUGCCUCACAUUUGUGAUGAUCUGGACGACCCCAGCGAUGUCUACGGGCUGAGCCUGAUGCGAAGGGAUGUGGGUCUUUCGGAAUAUAGCAAGAUGAUCCAGGAGAUUGAGGGCACCCUCAACACGGAGGACACAUACACCUUCAGAUUGUGGGGUCCUGCUCCAUUUUUGGAUGUGUUGAACUGGCAAUUGAAGAUUGGAGCUCGUGUGAGUUUGGAUCACUUCAUGAAGGACUAUCCGAUCCAUGUUUGCAUGUACGACCUGCCACCCCAUGAGAACGGGAAGAGCGAUGAGCAGCACCUAGAGUCGAAAAAGCGCUACUACUUUGACUUCAUGGGCUGGAGCAAUGUGGUCACAAUAUCGCCGGUCAUCUUUGAGCGCUACGUUUUCCACAAUGCUCCAGAUGGGUUUGUCAUGCAGCUUGGAAGGCAGUUCAGCAACAACAGCUUCCACUCCUUGCCCUCGGGGAGCUUCAUGUCGGCGGACUCAAACGCCAACAGACCUUUCUGGCGCCGUUGGAUUGACCGCAUGAGGUGGAUUCCAAAAAGUACGUGUAUCUACACCUCUCCACACUCGGAGACCAUGCCUAUGGUCGGAGAGUGACGCGGCUGCCUUCCUGUGGGCGAGGGCUUGCAGCGUCAAGGAUGCUGCCAGAUCUGCCCAGGGCAAGUCGGCGCUG